AUGACUCGGGUUUUGGUGCUCUACUGGCCCCGCGUAGAAGCACCAAGAAUACCAAGGAUCAAAGGUACAGUGGAGGAAGAAGAGGUUUGCCUUGAAUGGAAGCAGUGUCCGGACAACUCCGAGUACUACCUGGGUAAGAAGUGCAACGAUCAACAGCUUGUUUGCACUCGCUAUGGUAAGCCGCAAAAGCGCCAAUGCCUGAAAUGGGUGAACUGCAAAAACAGCUGCUACUGCGCCCAGUGGGCCAAGCUCUUGGAAGAAUCGGCCGAGACGGCAGAUGUCGAGCGGUUAGGAGUUGCCGUGCCAGAGGUGACAGCCGAUGAGAUUGUGGAAGUGGAAACGCAAACAGACAAAGCCGCCAGCGCCGUCGGCUGA